GGAUCUCGUGAUCUCAAAAGUUCGCAAGCCUAAUCGCCCUGCUAUGCCCUGUAAUACAGCAUACGCCGGUACUGCCAGAUCCCUCGUCUUGGCAAUUGAUGUGGGCACGACUUUCAGUGGCGUCAGCUACGCCAUCUUGGACCCCAAAGAAGUCCCAAGGGUCCAUACCGUGACCAGAUACCCCGGUCAGGAGAGUGGAGCGGCGAAGGUCCCAUCUAUAUUGUACUACAGCAAAGAUGGAACUGUUUUCGCGGCAGGCGCAGAGGCUGCAUCUCCCUCAAUGAGGCUAGAGGCCGAGGAUCGGGACCUUGUAAAAGUGGAAUGGUGGAAGCUGCACCUUUGUCCAGAAGCCUUAAAAACUGAGGAGCUUCGCCAGCGCCUCCGACCUCUUCCACUUGGAAAGGACGUUAUCUCGAUCUUUGCAGACAUGCUGCGCUAUCUGCUCUCUUGCACAAGAACUUAUAUUAUCGAGAGCACCCUCACGGGCGAAAGCAUAUGGAAUUCAGUCGUAGACCGCAUCGAGGUUGUUCUAGGACAUCCUAACGGUUGGGAGGGAUCCCAGCAAGCCAAAAUGAGGCGGGCAGCUAUCAUGGCGGGACUGGUACCUGACAAUGCGGAAGGGCACGCUCGAGUGCACUUCGUGACCGAAGGAGAGGCGAGCAUGCAUUUCUGCAUAGAGCGAGGUCUUGCCACGCACGUCUUGAAAGAUGGCGAGACGGUGAUUGUCGUUGAUGCCGGUGGUGGCACAAUUGACUUGACCACCUAUACCUUCGUGACUUCAGCUCCAAUUGUAAUGGAGGAAGUUGCUCCUCCGGAUUGUAUCGUAGAAGGAUCAGCGCAAGUGAACGACAGAGCGAAAACUUUUUUGACGGCGAAACUUGCAAAGUCUCAGUACGGUAAUAGCGAAGACAUCACAUGCAUGAUAGAUUCUUUCGAGACCAUCGCAAAGCCGACAUUUAGGAGUGAUCAGGACAGAUCAUGGAUUAGAUUCGGUUCCACACGCGAUAAAGAUCCCGAAUUCGGCAUUAAGAGCGGCCAGUUGGUGCUUGAAGGGCACGAGCUAGCCGCGUUCUUUGCUCCAUCAAUAGCAAGGACUAUCGACGCAAUCCAUGCCCAGCGACUCGCGUCGAGCAAGGCUAUAUCGACUGUCUUCCUCGUCGGAGGUUUUGCCUCCAGUCCCUGGCUUUAUGUGAGCCUGCAACGAGCCCUCAAGGACUCUAGCAUCGCAGUCUGCCGCCCGGAAAACCAUAGCAACAAGGCCGUCGCAGAAGGCGCAGUAUGGUUUUUUCUCGAGCACUUUGUCUCCGUGCGGGUGGCACGCCUCACAUAUGGCACGACCUGUGUCAUCGAGUACAAUCCGCAGGAUAGCGACCACAUCAAGCGCCGCGGCAAGGCGUACAUGCGUCCGUCUGGCCGGAUGGUCAUUCCUAAUGCGUUCAACCUGAUCCUCGCUAAGGGAACGAGCCUGCGCGAGCAAGACGAAGUAUGUUCGCAGUGCUUCUACAAGGAGGCGUCGUCCAUCACCGCACUCAACAAGAUCUCCACCACAAUAGUCUGCUACCGUGGCAGCGUGAAGAAUCCGAAGUGGACAGAUGCUGAACCUGAGAGGUUCUCAACGCUGUGCACCGUCUCCGCUGAUACGACUAAGGUGAAAAAGGAGAGGAAGAAGCGCGGAGGGAACACAUACCAUACUCUGGACUUCAAAGUUGUUCUCCUCUGCGGCUUGACCGAGUUUAAGGCGCAAAUAAGCUGGUGGAUACUUGGAUUAAUUGUGAUACCCUCCAGAGGGCCGGCGAAAAUCAUCUACGACGAUGACACGAAGGCCUUGUCGAGAUAAUUCGCGUUUGCAGCGUCGUAUCUUGUAUUUCCGCUUAGUGUUUGUUGCUCGCCUAUGGUCUUGUACCAACGUUUUGCGAUAUACUUAUUGUUAUGCUGUACUACUUCGCUAUGUCUCAUGGUGGUGGCAAUCGCAACAAUGUGGUAUCGA